UGUGAUGUAGGGCGCGUUACAGUAGAGCACCUGAGGUACACGUGUGAACAGUGAGUCUUAUUACACACAGCAGCAACGACAUGAAGACCAGGUGUCAAGGUUUGGAAUUGGAGACUCCACUUGAACAGGCACAAGAUGAUGCCUUGGAUUUAGCCGGCCCACAUGAGUGAUAUGAAUAACGCGCUGGACGGGAUACACACUUCUGGAAGCCUCGGAGAGAAAGCAGAGAUUUUUCACAGUGGUAAGGGUAAUGUGAGUGGCUUUCCCAGCCCAGCCCUCAUCCCUUUGCGAGCUCCUUUACCAACACCAAAUGCCCAGAAGAUCAGGACUGCGCUCUGCAAGGGGAACAGGAGCAAUAAGGACAAAGAGGAGUCCUUCUCUUCCCCUGUUCCAAACCCUUUCCCUGAGCUUAUUGCAUCGACCCUCUCCCCCCUCGUCUCUGAAUGUUUAUUACCAUGGACCAAAAGUAGUGCAACUCAGGUGAUCAAAGUUUAUAAUGAAGAUAACACCAGCAGGGCAGUAGAGGUUCCCAGUGACAUCACUGCCCGGGACAUAUGCCAGCUGUUUGUCUUGAAGAACCACUGCAUCGACGACCACAGCUGGACGCUUUUUGAACACAUCUCUCACCUGGGAAUAGAGAGAACCAUUGAAGACCAUGAGUCUGUUAUGGAGGUGCUAUCCGGCUGGGGAAUGGACACCGACUGCCGGCUGUAUUUUAGGAAGAAUUAUGCUAAAUAUGAAUUCUUCAGGAAACCCCUGGACUUUUUCCCGGAUCACAUGGUCUCCGUCUCCAGUGAAACCAAUGGGAUGGUGGAUCACUCUCAGCUUAUACAGACCUUUCUCAACUCCAGCACUUGUCCAGAGAUACACGGACACCUCCAUGCCAAAGAGCAAAGCAGGAAGUCUUGGAAGAAGUUUUAUUUUGUCCUGCGGAGGUCGGGGCUUUAUUUCUCCAACAAGGGAACUUCCAAGGAACCGAGGCAUCUCCAGUUCAUUGCCGACUUCAGUGACAGCGAUGUCUACACAUUGUUGUCAGCCAAAAAACUACACGGAGCACCUACAGAUUACGGCUUCUGUGUCAAGUCCACCAAGUGUAGUUCAGCCCGGGACUUGAAGCUGCUUUGUGCGGAUGAUGAGCAGACCAGGACCUGCUGGAUCACCGCCAUGCGCUUGUUAAAGUAUGGGAUGGAACUGUACCAAAACUUCAUUCAGCCACACCAGAAACAAAAAGCUUCACCAAUGAGAAGCAUCUCAGAGAACUCACUGGUGGCCAUGGACUUUUCUGGCCAAAAGAGCCGUGUGAUUGAGAACCCGUCUGAGGCGCUGUCUGUGGCGGUGGAGGAAGGCCUGUCAUGGAGGAGGAAGAGCUGUCACCGUCUGAGCGGCCAUGGGAGCCCCUCCACGUCACAGAGCUCAGUGUCAAACAUAGCCCUCCACUUGGCUCAGUCCUGGUUCCACGGCAAACUGUCUCGGGAUGAGGCUCAGCGUCUGAUCACUCAACAGGGUCUUAUCGAUGGAGUAUUUCUUCUGAGGGACAGCCAAAGCAACCCGAAGACAUUUGUUCUGUCGCUGUGCCACAUGCAGAAAAUCAAACACUUUCAGAUCUUACCUGUGGACGAUGAAGGCGAGUUAUUCCACAGUCUGGACGACGGCCACACGCGGUUCACUGACUUGAUCCAGCUGGUGGAGUUUUACCAGCUAAACCGAGGGGUGUUGCCCUGCAAGCUCAAACACCACUGUGCCCAGAUCACCCUGUGAACAAGGGACCCCAAGAGACCCCCGAGGGCCCACAUGCACCUUAAACUCCAGGGCCUCUCUGGACAAACACUCCCAGUGUUCUCGUGCCUUGAAGAAGAAGAAGAAGAAAGAGAUACAGACUGAACAGCCAUGCUAACUGAAACCACUGUUAUCACCCACUAUCGUCCACAUUCAUACUAUUAUUUUGUAAUUUUCAGAAACAAAUUUGACAAUAAUAGACUGUAUAAUAACGGACUACACGUGCUGAAGAUGUGCAGUUGUGUCUUUGGCCCUGUAAUGCGUGGCGGUAAAUCCAUUGUGCAAAGUCCAAACAUGGCUUCUUGUGCUGUGUAUUGUAGAGCUGGAUGUGUACUGCAAACAGCUUGUGAUUCUAACAUCAUGACAACAGUGAAUUUUUCUUAUUUACAUACAGUAUCUGGAGUUUAAAAUAGAAUGUCUUCUGCAGUAAUUAUAUAUACAUGUCAUCAAUUUUUAUUUGAAACCAUGUCAUGCUGGGAAUUGUAGUACACAACAUCUCCGUCCUGUUAAAUUUAAGUAAAACUAAGCUAUCUUACUUUUCAUUGUAUUUCUAAGUAUUCAGGUAUUUUUUUUUUUUUUUUUUUAAAGAAAAUGAUUGUUGUUUUCUAUUUGAGAGCUAAAACGACCUCUCAGGAAGUGUCACUGUGCAUGCUAUGCCCUGUAAGCUGGACGCAGACUGCUGUAGAGACAGAAGGAGAGGUGACGUACAGGUGGAGAGAAACGGCACACGACCUCACUAGCCUGCACUGUACAUUCAUUUUAAAUGUAUGUGAUUCAAUGAAAUGUUUGUAUUACAUGAAAUUAGUUGCGAGACAUCGGUAAAAUAUAUAUUUCACCGAUUUUAGAUAUAAGCCAUUACGAUUUUGUGCGACUGAUUUUGAUCAUAUCUGAAUUCAGUGUAUAUUGAAAUUUGGUUUUAUAUUUUCCAAAGAUUCAGGUAUUAACCCUGGCUUGGUUUUUAUUUUGAUGUUAUUGCCACUGCUGUUGUUUUCAAAAAAGUCAAUAAUGCAUCAGCUUUUAAAUCAGUGACAUGAUUGAAACAACCAUCUUCUGUUAGUUGUUUCUUUUCUUUUUUUCCAGCUGGACAUCAGUGCAUUGAACAAUGAAUGUCAUGGACUGCAUAGUUUUAUAUAUAUAAACAAAGUCUGUUUGUAAUGUA